CUAGGAGCCUUUUCGAUCGGUAGGAUGUCACCCCUUCGAGGCCCUUUCGGUCUAUGGCCUCGAGGAGGAGCCAGCCUUGGCCCUUCUUCUGUCAUCCCCCGUGUUCGUUUCCGUAACUUCCACUCAUCUCAUCCCACGCAAUAUCCGCUCUCCCGCCCUCUGCCCAAAGGCACCUGGGACAGCCACAUGCACGUUGUGGACCCGACUCGCUUUCCUUUGGCCGCCAAUGCACAGUAUCAACCGCAUCCACAUACACUCGCAGAUGCCAAAGCCUUUUACUCUCAGUACGGCAUCGAGAACAUGGUGCUCGUGCAACCGUCAAUUUACGGCGACGACAAUUCAUGUAUGCUGGAAGCACUUGAAGAAUUGACGCCCAAACAUGGGCGCGCCGUGGUAGGCUUGAAUCCAGAGACCAUCGAUGCAAAGACGCUGGAGAAGUGGCAUGCCCUUGGCGUGCGAGGAGCCAGGUUGAAUCUUGUGAGCGUGGGGAGAGAGAUCACCGAGGAUGAGCUGCGAGCUGAGCUGAAGAGCUAUGCGAAAGUGUUACGGCCCUUCAACUGGGUUCUUCAACUCUACAUCCCCUUGAAACUGGCAUUGCCACUGGUGAACGUCGUCCCAGACCUAGGGAUUAAAAUCUGCAUUGAUCAUUUCGGAUGGCCUGUUCUUCCGGAACGAUUGGAUCCAUCCACGACCCUUUAUCCAUACGACAUGCAAGGCUUCGCGUCCCUGAUGAAUCUACUUCAGGAUGGUAGGACGUGGGUGAAGCUCUCGGCGCCAUAUCGACUUUCCAAAGACCCGGAGAUGAGAGACUUGGAUCCCAUUGGCAGGGAGUUGGUCAUCAAAGGUGCGGAUCGUGUUGUCUAUGCGACGGAUUGGCCGCAUACAAGGUUUGAGAAUGUCAACUCAGACCCGUUUAUUGAGAAAUGCUAUGGAUGGUGCAAUGGCGACGACACAUUAAUCGAGAAGCUAUUUCGAAGCAAUGCUGAGAACCUUUGGGAUGUGUCCUCGGAUAUGUAGAGCUUAUCCAGCCUUGUUCGACUUGAUCCAUCUGUCCCAAGUGCUAGGCGUUGGCAUGAUUGCACCCCUGAUUAGCCACGUGUUUUUGGACGUUUGAGACGGGAACCCUUUUCGUAAAUGGAGAGAUUCUCUAUCCACA